AUGGCUCAAGCCUUUUCCUCGACGCUGGACAGCGUCUUUGCGCUGGACUCAGAAGUGGAUCACUUGUCGCAGAGCAUCGAACAGAAGAAAUUCCAGAUGCUCAUCCAGACGAGAGAGUUGGAAGAACUCCAGGCCAGGAUCCGCGCGACCGAGGCACGUCUGAAAGCGCGUCAAUCAGUGAUUCUUGACGGAACCGGAUCUUCAAGCAGCGCUGGCGCCGCGAAAGAAGACCUUGGAUAUCGAUCAGCAGGUGAGAAGCGAUGCACGUCGUACUUGAUAGAGGAUGGAUCGCAGCUGACCCAGAAUGCCUUGAUGGGAAGAUUCAUCCACAACAUCCCCGACGGACACGACGGGGCAGUACUCGAGCAGCGAUGA